GAACAUCUGGAACUUGGGAACGGAGAAAGAACCAUCUCCACUGUUUACUAGGCCUCCAGCACUCACCCUGAGCGCUCCCCCCACCCGCGAAAAGCCUUCUGGAAAAGUCCUCGUUAUCUUCCUGGUUAUCACUUCCCCUCCCGUGCUGGGGGCUGGGAGCGGGCGGUCCCAGCCUCCCUCCGCUGCAGCCCUUCGGCCGGCGUUCUCUCGCAGGCGCCGCAGCGCCCCAGUCCCCGAGUCUUCUGCGAGCCGGUGCUCGCAGCCCAGCGGCGGGCCGAGCGCUGCAGGCCCUCUCCGCUACGCGCCACGGUCUCCGCCGCGCCUCCGCCAGAUUCGCGAUGAGAGUCCCGGGUGGGAGCUGCGGGGCGCUGCUGGCGUUUCUCGUCGUACUGCUUCCCGUUUCAGAGGCAACCUUUUUGUCAAGACAAUAUGCCUCACAAGUACUGUUCAGGAAACGCCGUGCAAAUUCUGUGUUUGAAGAAACCAAAAAGGGAAAUCUUGAAAGGGAAUGCGUUGAAGAACUGUGCAAUAAAGAAGAAGCCAGGGAGAUCUUUGAAAAUAAUCCAGAAACGGAUUAUUUUUACCCAAAAUACUUAGGUUGUCUUGGCUCCUUCCGAGCUGGGUUAUUUACUCCUGCACGUCCAUCAACUAAUGCUUACCCUGAUCUAAGGAGCUGUGUCAAUGCCAUUUCAGACCAGUGUAAUCCUUUGCCAUGCAAUGAAGAUGGAUAUUUGAGUUGCAAAGAUGGCCAAGCGACAUUUACUUGCCUUUGUAAGCCAGGUUGGCAAGGAGAAAAGUGUGAAUUUGAUAUAAAUGAAUGCAAAGAUCCCUCAAACUUGAAUGGAGGUUGCAGUCAGAUUUGUGAUAAUAUACCUGGAAGUUACCACUGUACCUGUGAAAGUGGUUUUAUUAUGCUUUCAGAUACAAAGGAGUGUAAAGAUGUGGAUGAAUGCUCUAUAAAGCCAGAUAUUUGUGGCACAGCUGUGUGCAAGAACAUCCUAGGAGACUAUGAGUGUCAGUGCUCUGAAGGCUACAGAUACAAUCCCAAAUCAAAGUCUUGUGAAGAUGUGGAUGAAUGCUUUGAGAACACAUGUACUCAACUUUGCAUUAAUUACCCCGGCAGUUACUCUUGUUACUGUGAUGGAAAAAAAGGAUUCCAACUUGCCCAAGAUCAGAAGAGUUGUGAGGCUAUCCCAGUGUGCCUUCCUUUGAACCUUGACAAAAAUUAUGAAUUACUUUACUUGGCAGAGCAGUUUAUAGGAGUCGUUUUAUAUCUAAAAUUUCGUUUGCCAGAAAUCACCAGAUUUUCAGCUGAAUUUGAUUUCCGGACAUAUGAUUCAGAAGGCAUUAUGCUGUAUGCUGAAUCUCUUGAUCAAUCAGCUUGGUUCCUGCUUGCGCUUCGUGAUGGAAGGAUUGAAAUUCAGUUUAAGAAUGAGGAUACAGCCAAAGUCACAACUGGAGGCAAAGCUAUUAAUGAUGGUCUAUGGAAUAUAGUCUCUGUGGAAGAAUUAGAGCAUAGUAUUAGUGUUAAAAUAGCUAAAGAGGCUGUGAUGAAUAUAAAUAAACCUGGAAGCCUUUUUAAGCCUACAAAUGGAUUUCUGGAAACCAAAGUAUACUUCGCAGGAUUACCACGGAGAGCAGAAAAUCUACUCAUUAAACCGAUUAACCCUCGGCUAGAUGGAUGUAUACGAGGCUGGAAUUUGAUGAAUCAAGGAGCUUCAGGAGUAAAGGAAAUUAUUCAACAAAAACAAAAUAAGCAUUGCCUUGUUACUGUGGAGAAAGGUUCCUACUAUCCUGGCUCUGGAGUUGCUCAGUUUAACAUAGAUUAUAAUGACAUUUCCAAUGCUGAGGGUUGGUAUGUAAAUGUGACCUUGAAUAUUCGUCCAUCUGCUGGCACUGGUGUUAUGCUUGCCUUGGUUUCUGGAAACACAGUGCCCCUUGCCUUGUCUGUGGUGGACUCCAUCUCUGAAAAAUUUCAGGAUAUCCUGGUAUCUGUUGGAAAUACAACUAUAGCUCGGAUAGAGGCCAUAAAUUUGUGUUCUAGCCAACAUUCCCAUCUGGAAUUCAGAAUCAAUAAAAACAAUAUGGAGCUAUUGACUCCAUUUAAAAAAGGUAUCAUCAACUCUGAAGAACUUCCAAGGCAACUUGUCAUCUUGGAUAGGGCAAUGAAGGGAACACUGGUCACCUAUCUGGGGGGCAUUCCAGAUGUUCCAUUCAAUGCCAUACCAGUGAAUGCCUUUUAUAAUGGCUGCAUGGAAGUGAAUAUUAAUGGUGUACAGCUGGAUCUGGAUGAAGCAAUUUCUAAACAUAAUGAUAUUAGAGCUCACUCAUGUCCAUCAGUUUUGACAAGCACAAACAGUUCUUAAGGAAUUUUUCUCUGCUAUUUUUCCCUAUGUGUAAUUAUACUCUUGUUUCAAUAAAUAGAUGAAGGGUUUAACCUGUGA